AUGACUAAACAGAUCAUAUCGAAAUCAGGUGUCACCGGACUGUUUAGAGGUGUCACUGCCGUUGCUGCUGGCGCCGCUCCAGCACAUGCCAUCCACUUUGCCAUAUAUGAGUACCUAAGGAACAAGAUAUGUCAGGGCGACAAUGCCCAUCAUCAUCCAUUCAAGACAGGUGCCGCUGGUGCUUUCGCAACUAUGGUUAGCGAGGCAGUAGCAUCACCAAUGGAUGCUGUGAAGCAGAGAAUGCAACUACAGGCGACUAGCUAUGGUGGAAUGUUCAGUUGCAUGAAGAGCAUGUGGGCGAGGGAAGGACUGCGGGCAUUCUACGCAGGUUACACUACAUCACUGGUCAUGAACGUGCCUUACUACGGCUUCUACUUUGCCUCGUAUGAGAGUCUGAAGAAGCUGGUCGAGCCACUGCACGCCGAGGGCAGCGAAGACCACUAUCAAUUCCAGUUGCACGUCGUUGCAGGAGGUGGCGCAGGCAUGGUGGCCGCCGGUCUGACCAACCCAUUCGACGUGGCCAAGACGCGUCUGCAGACGCAGGGCGAUGUUGGCAAGCACUACAGAGGCAUGAUCGAUGCGUUCAAGACCAUUUGGCAGGAGGAGGGCAUGCAGGGAAUGAUGCGUGGCGUCAAGCCAAGAAUCGUGUUCCACUCGAUGAGCUCGGCAAUCGUCUGGUCUGUCUACGAAUACGUCAAGCAUCUCAUGGGAGAGUAA